AUGAAACACGAUGACACUGCUUCUGAGUCUGGAAGGGGUUCACUUUCCCAAGAACUGUCUGUUAGCAAAACCACUCCCAACCUAAAACAGCCAUCAGUUAUCCAUGCUGCCAAGGAUGCUGAAAAGAAGAUUCCCACCAAAAAGCAAUCAGAGAUAAAGGCAGACCUCCAGUGCCAGGUCAACCAUUGCAUUAUGUGCUUGAUCUGCAUGCAUGGUCUUGUCCCCAAUGUCAUUGAUUCCUCGGAGUGGAAGAAAUUGCUGACCACUCUAAAUCCCAGCAUUCAUCCCAUCUCCUCAAGCACCUUUGUUAAUAAGCACAUCCCAAAAGAAGCUAUGCUAGUCCACAGCCUGCAAGAAGAUCAUAUCAAGAACUCCACAUAUACCACUAUCAGCUUCGAUAGAACUAACACAAGAUGCUUAGCACAUCUCUAUAUGGAUCUUAUCAAGGGUUUUAAAAAUAAUCCAGUGGAUUGGUCCAGAGAAGAUCACCACAUCAAUUUCUGA